GCAGCUCAGAGACCGUGGGCGCAACGCCGCCGGGAGCACGCAGCGCCGCGGGGGCCGAGCUGGGUGGACAGAUCCUCGGUCUGCAUGGUUCAUUAGAGGAUGAAGCCCAACCCAGCAGGCUCCUCCUCAGAGGCCUGCACAGCUGUAGGCCGGGGCGAGAAGAGCUGCCCUGUCUGCCAGGCUUGGGGAGGAGUCUCAGGCCCGGGGUCUGAGUCAGGGCCUGGGCCUGGGCUGGGUGUAGUUCCAGGACCUGGACCAGGGCCUACUACAGUUCUGGGGCCGGGGCUGGGGCUUGGUGCUGUGUCCAGACCUGGGCCAGGGCCUGGUGUGUUUCUAGAACCUGGACCAGGGCCUGUUGCUGCUUCAGGACCUGGACCAGGGCCUGGUGCUGUGUCUGGACAUAGGCCAGGGCCUGGUGCUGCUUUAGGACCUGGGCCGGGUCUGGGGCCUGGGCCAGGAGCUGGGUCAGUCCCUGGGCCGGUACCUAGGCCAGGAGCUGUACCAUUACCUGGGCCAGGGGUAGAGCUUAGGCCCAGACAGGAGUCUGGAACUGGGCCCAAACCCAGUGAGCCAGAGACAGCCCCCACAUCAGCACCACAACAGAAGACUCAGGCCACACACAGGCAGGCCCCUCAGCAGAAGGUUCUGGUGACUGGAGGAGGAGGCUAUCUGGGCUUCAGCCUGGGCUCCAGCCUGGCCAAGAGUGGCAGUUCUGUCCUGCUGCUUGACCUCCGCAGACCGCAGUGGGAGCUGUCCCCGGGGACCGAGUUCAUCCAGGCGGAUGUCCGUGAUGAAGAAGCCCUGUAUCGUGCCUUCGAAGGGGUGGACUGUGUCUUCCACGUGGCAUCCUAUGGAAUGUCUGGUGCUGAGAAGCUGCAAAAAGAGCAGAUUGAGUCUAUAAAUGUUGGAGGCACCAAACUAGUGAUCAAUGUCUGUGUCCGUCGGCGGGUCCCAAGGCUCAUCUACACCAGCACGGUCAAUGUCGUGUUCGGCGGGAAGCCCAUAGAAGAGGGUGAUGAGGACUCUGUGCCAUAUUUCCCACUGGAGAAGCACGUGGACUACUACUCACGAACCAAAGCCAUCGCUGACCAGCUGACCCUCAUGGCCAAUGGAACACCUCUCCCAGGAGGAGGCACUCUGCGGACGUGUGUGCUCCGGCCCCCAGGGAUCUAUGGCCCUGAAGAGCAGAGGCACCUGCCCCGCAUUGCGAGCCACAUCAAGAAGAGGCUAUUCAUGUUCCGAUUUGGGAACCGCAGGACGCAGAUGAACUGGGUCCACGUGCACAAUCUGGUGCAGGCACAUGUGCUGGCAGCUGAGGCCCUCACCGCGGCCAAGGGCUACGUGGCCAGUGGCCAGGCAUACUACGUCAAUGAUGGGGAGAGUGUCAACCUCUUCGAAUGGAUGGCCCCGCUGUUUGAGAAGCUAGGGUACAGCCAGCCCUGGAUCCAGGUGCCUACUUCCUGGGUUUACCUAACAGCCGCAGUGAUGGAGUAUUUGCACCUGGCCCUGAGGCCCAUCUACAGCGUCCCCCCGCUGCUCACCCGGAGCGAGGUGCGCAGCGUGGCGGUGACGCACACCUUCCAGAUCGCCAAGGCCCGCGCGCAGCUGGGCUACGCGCCAGACAAGUUCAGCUUCGCCGACGUCGUGGAACAAUACGUGCGGUCCACGAGCCAGCGGCCCUGCGGCUGUUCGGCGCGGACGCUUCUACGGCUGCUGCUCGGACUGCUGCUGCUGCUCGGGCUCCUCGCCCUGGCCUUGCACCUGCCAGGCCUGCAGCCGUACAUCGUCUGAAGUUCGUCACUAGCCAGACUCGGCUCCUGCCUCUGCUCCAUCUUCCGG